AUGAACUUUCACUUUAGCCUACUUUUUCCUUUUGUUUUGCUGCUGCUGCUGAUCAACUUAUCUUCGAUUCCCAGUAAUGCUGCCAUUGUUGCCGAAUCGCCGAAUGAACAGCAGAAGAACUCUUCAUCAACUGAUGUGAGCCUUGGAGCCUCAGAGCCGGGCAAUAAAACCUUGGGCUGUUGUUGUGGUCCUUGCCCGUGCAAUCCCUGCCCAUGUAACCCAUGUCCCUGCAAUCCCUGUCCCUGCAAUCCUUGUCCGUGUAAUCCUUGUCCAUGUAAUCCCUGUCCCUGUUGUCCCUGCUGUCCCUGUUGUCCGUGUUGUUGUCAGAAACCGGUUGGACCUAGCUCCUGCGUGGGCCCAACUAAGCAGACCCAAUUUGAGAGCAAUUGCAACCUGAAGCCCGCUCCUCUGCCCGGUGACCCCAGCAAUCCCGGUGGGUCACGGCCGCAGGUGAGUGGCAGUACCUAG